AUGUCAGAGGAGGCACCACGGCACCUCUUAUUCGCCUCGCCUGAUCACAAAAGCAAUCAUCCCCUCGUCGAUGUCCCUGACCAUACUCCGACAAACCCUGAGGGUUACUCCAUCUACUCCAAUAUCAAGGACGGAAAAAGCACCAGAUCGAAAUCAAUGGCAAUCGUGGAUCUGUUCGAUGUGCAGAGCAACAAGGAAAUCUCUCUCGAGGAGGUCAUGGAUGGAUUGCGGUAUGUGAUGGAGUAUCGCAUCAAAGGUGGCCGCUUCCCCAGUCUCGACUAUGACAUCAUGAAGCGUCUUGCUGACGGCUUGCUUAUGAACAUGGGCAACUCUGGGAAGAAGAGUCGCUUCGGCGGUGGUGCCAUCUUCACAGAGGAGGCAGAUGUCGCCUUUCAACUCUUUGGAGAGUUCAUGCUCGAAGUGCAGGAGUUCCGUCAGGCAGUGGGAGAAAAGUCAGUGUCGGAUCUUCGUCAUGCGCUCAAACUGGAUGUUCGUUGCGGGUCUGGAUCUACUGAGCAGGAGCAGCAAGCGGCCGUCGCCUUGAUUGCCCUCUUGACCACCACUUACCCCCAGUUCGCCGACUGGAAAGAGUUGGUCAAGCCUGAAGGGCAUGGAAACGUCCAAAAGUGUAUGCAAGAGCACGCUGAGUAUGUUAGGGCUGAGGCCAUGCCAGAAAUCGGAGGAGUCAUCCUCGCACCCCAAGCACUUUGCUUUGAUCGCAGGAUAAAGCGUGUUCUGAAAAUGUACAGGACGUCGCUGCAGUCAGGAUUACCCUCAGAGGCCAUCCCAGCAUUGCAGGAGCACUAUGGACGGAACGUUCUCCCAGAACCACCUCGUACGUCCGUCUUCAAGAUGCUCUGGACCCAAUUUACUGACUUUAUGAUCCUGCUUCUCUUGGCGGUCGCAGUGCUGAUGGCUGCUACUAAAGACUUUAUUCCCAUGGCGGUCCUGUUGAUCGUCGUCGUCCUCAACGCUAUUAUCGGAUUCACUCAAGAGUACAAGGCAGGAAAGGCUCUGGAUGCACUAACCAAGCUGUCGGUUCCCAAGGCCCAGGUUCUUCGCGAUGGUGUUACCUCCAUGAUCAACUCGGAAGAGCUGGUCCCCGGCGAUAUUGUAAUCAUGGAAGAGGGAGAGUCUGUCCCGGCUGAUCUGCGUCUGGCGGAGGUUUCCCAGCUGGAGAUCAUCGAGUCCAUCCUGACAGGAGAGUCUGUUGCUGUUGUCAAGGACCCGAAGGAGAUCAGGACCCGGACUCGCAAGUUGCCGAUCGGUGACUGCAAAGGAAAUGCCUUCAUGUCGACCGUGGUCGCCAAGGGUCGUGGUAAGGCUAUCGUUGUCCGCACGGGCCGUCUUACAGAGAUGGGUAAAAUCAGUGCCGCCAUUACCGGCCACACCAAAGUCCUGACCCCUGUCCAAAAGAAGCUCGCUCUUCUCGGCAAGCUGCUUGUCGUAUUUGCUAUUGUCCUCUGCGCUGUCAUGGCUGGCAUCAAGAUUGCAUACCACCACCCCACCGGAGAGAGUUUGAAGGUUGCAUUGAGUUUGGCCGUGUCUGUCAUUCCUGAGGGUUUGGUGGCGGUCGUGACAGUUACGAUGGCCCUCGGAGUUCGUCGCAUGGCGGCCAGAAAGGCGAUUGUCCGGACUUUACCCGCUGUCGAGACGCUGGGCAGUGUCACCUUUAUCUGUUCGGACAAGACUGGUACGCUGACAGAGGGAAAGAUGGGUGCUGCCGAACUCUGGACAAGCGAUGGUGUGACCUACGGAUUCACCGAAAGUACUAGUUUGGACCCCAACAAAGGCCACGUGACUCUCAUGGCCGGCUCCGGAGAGAUGCCUCAAGUCCUUGGCAAGACCCUGGACCAGGUCCCCGCUCAGAUGCUCAUUUCACUCAUGGUUUCGUCUCUGUGCAAUAACUCUUCGGUGGUCCAGAAGGAGAAUGACGAACAAGUAGAAAUUGAUACCCCAGACAAGGACACGAAUGUGGAACCCGCCGUAGGCGUGCCUGGUGCUGUCGAGUGGAAAGGAAUUGGUGACCCAACUGAAGUCGCUUUGGUGGUUGCUGCUCAAAAGGCCGGCUUCCCUAAGACAUUCUUCCAUGAUCUCGGGUACACUCGCAUCUACGAGCAAGCUUUUGAUAGUGAGCGCAAAGUCAUGAGUGUCGCCUACAAGGCCCCCCUCGAUACUGCUUCCCCCUCCGGUGAACACUACGAGUUUGUGCUGGCCAAGGGUGCCCCUGAGGAGAUCUUGAACAGGUGUGUCGGAUACCUGCCAACCGUCGCACCCGACUCUCUUGCAUCCCCCUUGGAUCUCCUGAGGCCCAGCCAAGUCGAGCUGACCCAGACUGUUACCGAAGAAUUCCACGACCAUGUCUCUGAUGCGUCUGGUAGAAUGGCUGAUGGAGGCCUUCGCGUGCUUGGACUGGCUUACAAGAAGGUCUUAAUCAACGGUGGUGGCGCUUUGGAUACUGGAUUGGGCGAUGGAUUGGACAAGUUCGACAACUUGAAGGACAGGAAGGAGGCUGCACCCGAAUCACAUAAACCUACCGAAGUGGAUCUCUUGACCGCCGCGAACGUGAACGAUGGCAAUGACGAUGACGACGAGGAGGACGUGCCCCCAGGAUAUGCCGAGAGUGACUUGAUCUUCUUGGGACUCAUUGGAUUGAUCGACCCUGCUCGUGCAGGAGUCAAGGAGAGUGUCCGGAUAUGUAAGGAGGCUGGUAUCACCGUGGUCAUGAUUACCGGAGACCACAUCAAGACUGCAUCUGCGAUCGCCAAGGAGUUGGGUAUCCUGGAGGAAGGUGGACGUGCCAUCAAGGGUGAGGAGCUGGAUCUGUUGUCUGAGCAAGCCAUUGCCGAGCUCAAGCCCUUCCCAAACGUCUUUGCCCGGGUCUCGCCAGACAACAAGCUGAAGCUCGUCACUGCUUUGCAGAGUCGUGGCGAAUCCGUCGCCAUGACAGGAGACGGUGUCAACGACGCCCCGGCUAUCAAGGCUGCCAAUGUCGGUGUGGCGAUGGGCAUUGCUGGCACGGAUAUUACCAAACAGGCAGCUGAUAUUGUGUUGGCCAACGACAAUUUCAAUACCAUUGUCGAGGCUGUCGAGGAGGGUCGUCGAGUGUUUGACAACAUUCUCAAGUUCAUUGUUUAUCUCCUCAGCUGUAACUGUGCCGAGAUUUUCCUCUUCCUUCUCUGUGCCAUCGUUAACGUCGAACUUCCGUUUACUGUCACCAUGAUCCUGUGGGCCAAUAUCAUCGCUGAUGUGCCGCCUGCGAUGGCAUUAGGAGUCGAGCCUGCAGAGCCAGGUCUGAUGAACCGCCACCCACGCUCCCCUAAGAAAGGUAUCCUCACCUACACAUCAUUCGGAGUGAUCAUUUUCCAGUCCAUGGCGAUGACACUUCUUACCUUCGGAGUGUACAUGUGGGCAGACAAGUCUGAGGGCCAUCUCGACUAUGCCCACGCCGAGGCAUUCACCUUCCUGACGACCCUCCAGCUCCUCCAGGGAUUCCUGUCAAGGACCAUGCGGACGUCAGUGUUCAGAGUCAACUUCUUUGGCAACCGGUGGAUGAUCUUUGGUGUCGUGCUGAGUUUUGUCCUGAUGCUGAUCGGUAUCUAUACACCCGGGUUUAAUGGUAUCUUAAACCUGGUUCCAGUGUAUGGUCGGACGUGGGCAAAGGUUAUUGUUGGGUGUGUUAUCAUGGUGUUCUUGAGUGAGAUGGAGAAGCUUGUCCUCCGACGAACUGGCUGGACCAUGUAG